AGAAAGGACAUAUGUGCAAGAUAUGUGAACUAUUUGCUCCAAGUAAUGACACCUCCACACCUUACGUAACCUGUGGAGCGUUACUUGGGACCCACCCAUCCAGAAAGCUUAUUUUGCACCAAAACAGCCAGAAGCACAUGGAAAGUGUGGAAAAGUACCAGUUCAUUCAAUCUAGUCAUGCUAAUAUUAAGACCCUGACGGCUCUGCAGAAGUCUAAGACUGAAAAGACCCCUGCGAAUACGGACCAGGUAGCAAGAAAUAGACGCUAUUUGACUAAACUAUUCAAAUGUCUGUCAUUUCUUGCCCAAAAGAAAUGGGCUCAGGCCAACUUUGAAGAAUUUGUUAAAUUCAUUGGGAGAGCAUGUGACCCUGAGAUUUUGGAAAUAUCGCAGGAGCCCACUCAUUAUCUUUCAAGCACUUCAGUUACAGAGCUCAUCAGCGUCUUGAGCAGCUUUCUAGAGGAAAAGUUAUCAAAGACCUUCGGGAAGGAAGAAAGUUCACUUUGUUGGCUGACGAGAGUACUGAUGUAUCCAACAGAACACAGUUUUCUAUUUUUACACGUUGGAUUGGCCAGCAUGGAGUCACAGAAAACUUCAUUGGACUUAUAAAUGUUCAGCAAACCACCAGCUUGGCUUUGAUGGAAGCGAUCGAAACAUUUUGCCACCAGAAGAACCUGGACAUGCAGAAUAUAAGAUUUGUUGGUUUGGACGGAUGUAACACGAUGAGUGGAGAAAGAAAAGGUCUGCAGCGCCGCAUCCGACAUGCCAGUCCCUUCAGCCUGUACAUCAAUUGUAGGAAUCAUCGCCUUGCCCUUUGUUUCGUUCAUAUGAUGAAAAAAGGUCCUCUUCUGGUGGAGGUUGACGCAACAUUAAUUUCCAUCUGGAAGAUGUUCCAUUUCUCCCCCAAGAAGGCAGCAACAUUCAAGAACAUGCAGGAGGCGUAUGGCCAAAGACCAUUGGCAUUUGUUCGUGCCUCUACAACAAGAUGGUUGUCUCAUCUUAGUGCAUGCCUGAGGUUUACUGCAAGGUUUGAAUCCCUUUUGGACACCAUUGAUGCCUUGGUUUAUGACAGCCAUGACGCUGAUAUACUUGGAAUCCGGAACCACAUGAUGAGGCAAGAGUUUGUGGCAACAGUCCUAGUAUUGUCUGAUAUGCUAAGACCUGUCAACUACCUUAGCUUGUACCUACAAGAAGACUGUGGCACAUUCACAGAGCUCCCUGGCAGAGUGCAGCAGUGCCUUGAUGAUCUGGAAUCCAUCUCUUCCAGGUACCAGCAACACAACCUACAGGAUUUGGAAUUCAGAAAAUGUCAAGAGAUGUUUGAUGUCAUCACAGAGAGAACAGCUCUUGCCAUGCGUGUUAGGUUGGGUAGGCGUAAUGAAGAGAUGACACCAGAAGGUUUCCUCCGUGACACUGGUAUUCCAAUGAUUUACACGCUGAAAGGUGAGAUUCAAGAUGCAUUUUCUAUCCACUCAGCAGUGUUAGCCUCGUUUGCUCUCCUUGAUCCAAAGAACCUGCCUGAUGAUGUCAUCGAAGUUGGAACCUAUGGAAUGGAGAAGGGGUGAAGACACAUUGGUGAAGGUGUACAAUCAGCUACAGAAAGACAGGGCCAUGCAGGCCUGUUAUCCAGGAAUGCUUGAGCUAUAUGAAAGAGCACUUCUGAUUCCCCAGUCUACAGCUGUGGUUGAGAGAGGGUUUAGUUUGAUGAACAAUAUUGCCACAGAACUAAGAACAUUAGGUCAAAAAACACUGGAAGACUUAAUGAGAAUAAGCCACCAGACUGAUGGUGAUCCUGACAAGUCCUUAAGUUCCCAGGAGUAGGAGGCAGUGGUGGACUUAUUCAAAAAUAAAAAAGAGAGGGACAUGCCUCUUUAAGACUUAAGUGCUUGAAAACUGGUCUUCACAAUAUUAUUACACUGCUUAUUUGUUAAGUGACAGUGUGUGUACUAGUAGUUCCUAAAAGUUGCUUGAAUAUGCAAUAAAACAUAGUUUAAAGUGUU